AGGUAAGGUUUUGGUAGAUCCGUCAGACAGUGGGCAGUUUCUAUCAGUGAAGCUGACACAUGCCCCUGGUCACUGGUAAUAAUGGUUACCUGUUUGUUAUAAAUCAUUGCAGAAGUACCUAUCUCCAGCAGCAGAUAGCGGCCUCCUCAGCAGGAAGUCUGCGGAGGUUCACAGCUUAUCAGUAGCAAAAAACACCAAGACCUGUUGUGAUUUAUUGUAAAAUGAAUUUUAAUUGAAUUUCAAUCAGGACUUUAAAAAAUCAAACUUUAAUUUUCAGAAAAAGGCCUGUCAACUAUGUGUGGGAAAUCUGUCCUGACCAGUGAAUUUAAUUGAAAACAUUAGCUUGGACCAUUCUUUGAGUGUGAACCACUGGAGAUUAAUUCUUCAUCUGCUACAAUAGUGUUAUGUCAUAGUGGUCAUUUCUGCUGACCAAAGGAUCACAAGCCAUAAGCUUCCGUGUUAGGUUCCCUGUGGACUGAGUAUAGGGGACCAAUAGCCAGUGGUGACAAAGUUGCGACUGGUGUUCACACCUCAGGAGGAAACGAGCUACCCCUGCUGGUAAGAGUGGGCGAGUUGUGAAAGUCACGACAACUAAUCCAGCACAAAUACAUCCAUCUCCAAAAAUCAUUACUACACAUGGAAAAGUGAUCAAACACAGUGUACCUGUACUAGCUGCUAUAUACUGAGUAUCAACUUUAAAGGCCAGCUGCAUUAACUCAAUAAGACUCAGUAUUGGCCCAGGCGUAGUGGGAGUUCUAAGCAGUCGUAAACGACAUGCACAGGAAACUGGCCAAUGACAAAACACAUCAUCGGGAGGCAGUGGUCACGGUUCAGUGAGCUCCUAAACACCCCACCAAACAAUCGCAACUGUCGAUAUUAAUCAGUGGACAUAAUCAGAGCUAGCACCCCCAGCAAAACUAUUGUAAUCCUAGGAAUUUACUCCGCAAGGUUAAAUUGACUGCAAGAGGCAAACAAUUGGGCACCGGAGCUCCUCAAGUUCACAAUUUAUCAAACUUUUCUCACAAGCUCAUCUAACCCUUGUGAUCAGAAGAUUUUUGCAUUCAAUAUGAUCUUUUAUGCAAGUCAUUGACAAAAAUAUAAUAAAUUGUGCUACUGGAAAAAAUUCUCAGAGCUGAAUCGAGCCAGCACAGAGGAGGGUGUAAAGACAUCAAACGGCGGCACUGAUUGUUUGUAAACAAAAGGCGAUUCGUAACAAUCGGAACUAAUAGACAAAAAAUAAUAAUGGAAACAUUACACAAUAUAUAAUUUAACAAUGCACCAGUAUAUUUGAAGAUUAUAAUAAUUAUUAUUGAGCUAGGAGUUCAAAAACAGUGUGUUAGCUAUGAAGCUGCAAGGACCUCCGAUUAUAGUGCUUUACGGAUUUUUAACGGUGAGUGUGGCAUCAAAUAUGGAGGAAAAAAUAACAAUGGAUUACAGAGACAUUGGAAAGUUGGAAAAGACACAACAAAUUCCUUCAAAUUGUGAAGAGGAUUUCGCUUCUCAGAUCCUGCAUUGCAUUGAGCCAUUUUCUCGUAAAGUCAAACAAUACACUCACAUCAAACCAGAGAACCCAUUUGUUUACCAAAUUUUCGUCAAGCAUGCUUGCAGGAAAUACAAGAAGAUGCUGUUGUGCGUUCACACAUAUCUGACCAACUGUCCAACACAGUCAAGUUACAGCACUGUUCAGAAAAGUUUGGACCAGGCCUGGGUUCCUAUGGUUAAUCAGAUGUGUAAAAUAAACACUAACUCCUCCAAAGACAUUGCAUCAAAUGUGGACCAAACACAGGGCAAAAAUAAAGCUAGUGUCUCAACAGAACAGUCCCCCCUUUACCAAAUACAGAACGAUUUCCCAGUAAGGGAGGGGGCAUCAUCCCCUCAUUCAGGGGAAUUCCAGGGAAGUAUUAGUGUUAUCACAUUCUUGGAUAGAAUAGUCUUGCCAAAAAUAGAUAUGGACUCUCCAGUACCUGUUAUUUUAAAUUCCAAAGACCAAAUAACAAAAGGACAAAUUUCCAGUAAAGUGUCUGGUAAAAGAAUUUCCAAAGACUAUCAUGACUUAGUGAGAGGGAGAAAUCUACUUCAUUGGAUGUAUAUUGUGAUUGGGAAUAAUGACUCUCAAAAUAAACUCCAGUAUUACACAGAUUCAAACAGGGAUAACCAAGGGGAAGUAACUCUGUCACAGAAAUCCUCAGCCAGUCAUGUGAUACUCAGUGUGCUGUGUGUUUGGCUGGUACUCCUUGUGGUACCGUUUCUCUGAUUAUCUCCCUUAGCACUUCCAGGUCAUCAGAUUGGUUUCCUGUGUUACAGACAAUAGAACAUGGCAAUAUGUGCAAUAGGUUAUAACACGUGUUGUUCUCUGUCUGACUGAUAGAGAUCAGCGGUAA